CCCUCGAGGUUAGGAAUGGCUCCUAAAAGAGAAUCCUCCAUUAAGAAGUCUCCUUCUCCGGUGACUCAGCCCAGGCUGGGUCCUCCUUACCCCUGCCUCCCCGUGGCUGCUGCAGAUCCAAAACCAGCACCAGAACAGAGACCCAGGAUGCUGCGUGCUUCGGAUUCCCCGUUUGACCCCACUGCUUUGGAGAUUGAGUUUAACCCGGAUCAGAUUCAUGAGUUCAAGGAGGCAUUCUUGCUGUUCGACAGGACAGGAGAUGGCAAGAUCAGCUUCAGCCAGUGUGGGGACGUCAUGCGGGCCCUGGGACAGAACCCUGUCAAUGCUGAGGUGCUCAAGGUCCUGGGAAACCCCAAGGCUGAGGAGAUGAACCUCAAAAUGAUGGACUUCGAGCAGUUCCUGCCCAUGUUCCAGGCCAUCGCUAAGAAUAAAGAUCAGGGCUCCAUGGAGGAUUUUGUGGAGGGACUGCGUGUCUUUGACAAGGAGGGCAACGGCACAGUAAUGGGAGCAGAGCUUCGUCACGUCCUCACCACGCUAGGUGAAAAAAUGUCAGAGGAGGAAGUCGAGACGCUUUUGGCGGGACACGAAGAUGCCAAUGGCUGCAUCAAUUAUGAAGCAUUUGUCCGCCACAUCAUGUCAGGCUGAGGGCCGGUACGGGCAUUCGAACUGGUCAGGAUGGUCAUGAACGGGUGAAGACGAAGAGCCACCAACUUUUUCUACCCGGUCAUAUGUAACCCCCUUUUUUCAGUUUGCUUCUACAUCACCGCUCCCUGCCCUCCCCCAACCUCUUCCAUACAUUGGUUUUCCACAUUCAUUUGAUUUAAGAAGUGCCUUUACAUUCCCUACAAAGACCACAAAUGUCCCUGGCUAUUGCUGCCAGGGACAUUCAUGUAUGUGACCAACGUGUGUGCAUUCAGGAGUCUUGAUGCUUGCAUCCUUUGCAAUAACAUUCCAAGAUGCAGCAUUAAAAAGGACAUAAAUUGCUAAUGAUAUACUGUAAAUAUUGAUACCAGUGUGUCAAUUCAGGAGGGGACUUUAAUAUAUAUAUGAAUAUAAUUAUACAUCCGCGGUAUACAACUGUCAGCAACUUACUGUAUCAUUGACUAAGAAUUUAUUUGGCUGGGAAAUACGUUUCUCCAAUCCUGCGGGUUUUUUCCGGUAUAUUCAAAACCAUAUUAUCAUGCAAACAUUUCAAAUGGAUUCCCAUGUUUUUAAUUCACCCCACCUUUGUUGCUGCAUUUAAUAAAUGUUUUUUCCUGAAGACUCA